GAUCCUCAUAUGCAUUAAGUUUUCCAGCCUGAUUGAUCACCCUCAUCAUUCAAAUCGGCAACAAGUAAAAGGCUUUGCACAAAUGGAGCUGGAGAAGAUUUAUAAUAAGAGAGCAAGGGAGGAUGAUCAUCAUUAUGAGGAGGACCAUCAAGAUUGUCCAUGUAAGAAUUCAGCAAAGAAGCAAGAUCUCAAGGGAAUAGACUUCAAAGAGAACAGAAAUGACAGCAGUAAUGUGAAGACCUUAGAUUCCUCCUUGGCAUUAGAGGUAGGGGUAUUUGAUUUCCCCUGGCUGAAAGAUGGUGUUAUCUCCAAAUCAGAAGACUGUAGAUUCGAGGAUGCCUUCUUUUCAUCACUGAUCUAUGAUAUGAACUCCACCAACAGCACUGAUAUUGAGUUUUCUGGGAAAUCUUUGUGUCAAACUUCAGAGGAACUCCUAUACCUUCCUGAAAAUAAGUCCAACGAUAAUUUAUUCCGGCCAGUACCGGAAGGUGAUGGGUCAGAAAUGGAGGGUGUGGAUUGCAUUUGGAGCUCCCUUCUCAGUCAGCCACUUCAACCGGGUGGUGUUAUCUGAUAUUAUGCAUUCAAAUGUAUUUGAUGCCUAUUGCCAGCCCUUCAUGUUUUAGUCAGAUGGAGCUCACCAUG